AUGUCUGGACGAGGAAAGGGCGCAGGUAAAGCCAGAGCGAAGGCCAAGAGCCGCUCUUCCAGGGCCGGGCUGCAGUUCCCCGUGGGCCGUGUGCACAGGCUGCUUAGGAAGGGUAACUACGCCCAGCGCGUCGGAGCCGGAGCACCCGUGUAUUUGGCCGCGGUACUCGAGUAUCUGACCGCUGAGAUCCUGGAGUUGGCCGGAAACGCCGCCAGAGACAACAAGAAGACUCGUAUCAUCCCCCGCCACCUGCAGCUGGCCGUCCGCAACGACGAGGAACUCAACAAGCUGCUGGGAGGAGUGACCAUCGCCCAGGGAGGUGUGCUGCCUAACAUCCAGGCCGUUCUGCUGCCCAAGAAGACUGAGAAGGCCAAAACAGUCAAAAUGAGCGGAAGAGGAAAAGGAGGAAAAGGACUUGGGAAAGGAGGCGCCAAGCGUCACCGCAAAGUCCUCCGUGAUAACAUCCAGGGCAUCACCAAGCCCGCUAUCCGCCGUCUGGCUCGACGCGGCGGUGUGAAGCGUAUCUCCGGUCUGAUCUACGAGGAGACCCGCGGAGUGCUCAAGGUUUUCCUGGAGAACGUGAUCCGUGACGCUGUCACCUACACCGAGCACGCCAAGAGGAAGACCGUGACCGCCAUGGACGUGGUGUACGCGCUGAAGAGACAAGGCCGCACUCUAAAGAGAGAUGGAGAGAAACUCCAGCGGGGGAGGUCUGACCAAUCAAGUGAGAGGAACAGCGCAGCUGCUCUGCAUGAUGCGAGUAUAAAGAAAGCGCACGGACCGCCUCUUGACCAGUCUGUACUCAUUGAAGAAAUGCCUGAUCCAGCGAAGUCCGCGCCCAAGAAGGGCUCCAAGAAAGCCGUCACCAAGACCGCCGGCAAAGGCGGCAAGAAGAGGAGAAAGAGCAGGAAGGAGAGCUACGCCAUCUACGUCUACAAGGUGCUAAAGCAGGUUCACCCCGACACCGGCAUUUCCUCCAAGGCCAUGAGCAUCAUGAACUCCUUCGUCAACGACAUCUUCGAGCGCAUCGGAGGAGAGGCCUCCCGCCUGGCGCACUACAACAAGCGCUCCACCAUCACCUCCAGGGAGAUCCAGACUGCAGUGCGUCUGUUGCUGCCUGGAGAGCUGGCCAAGCACGCCGUGUCUGAGGGCACCAAGGCCGUGACAAAGUACACCAGCUCCAAGUAA